AUGACGGAAUUAAAGAAGUAUAAGAAACUCUCCAUGUGGAUGCAGCACCUGGGUGUGAAUGACUUUCCACAAGCCGCCACGAGGGUCAUAACCCUAGCCAUCAACUUCUCACCCAAGAACGCUUCUCCCAAGAUGAUGAUGAGACCUCCCUACCAGACCACACCUCCCGCAAAGGAUCUCCUUCAUCCCUCUCCAGACGAGGAAAAGAGGAAACACAAGAAAAAGCGCCUGGUGCAGAGCCCCAAUUCCUACUUUAUGGAUGUGAAAUGCCCAGGAAGCUAUACGAUCACCACGGUCUUUAGCCAUGCACAGACGGUAGUCUUGUGUGUCGGCUGCUGCACUGUCCUCUGUCAGCCCACAGGUGGAAAAGCAUGGCUGACAGAAGGAUGCUCCUUCAGGAGGAAGCAGCACUGGAAAGCACCUGAUUCAAGAUGA